AUGCAGAAGAGCGAGUUGUCCCAGAUCAAGUCAGGGACCAGGAGCUCUGCUCUGCAGGGCACUGAGCCAGCCCCAGGGGGGACUGCCACGGUGCCCAGUGACUCAGCCCAGCUGCGGAUCCGGCGGCCCCACAAGACUGUCAUCAACCCCAAGGAGCAGGCAACCCAGACCGAGCCCGUUGCAGAGGUUUCUUCACCCCCCAGGGCCAACGUGGGAACCCAGCUGCCAGCGGUCCACUUGGUCCCCAAAGCUGCCCAGCGCUCCGAACGCAACCGGCGUGCUGCGUGCCAGGCUGCUGCAGCAGCCCCCAGAUGCUCUCCAUCCCCACCGGGGCCCCACGGCCCGGUACGCCCCAACAUGGCUGUGCGUCCCAACCCUGCCCCUGCCACUGGCACAAGUCCCCUCUAUCACCCCAUGCAGCACUCUGUGAGCAACUCCAGCUACCGGUGCAGGCUGCACCAAACUGGGGGCCUUUCCCAUGGGGCCACAUCCCCCCUUGAGCCAUGUUCCCCCACGGCCGGCAUCACGUCCCCUGCCGCCUUGCUCUCACCACAGCCCACAGCAACCACCUUGGCCCCUCCAGACCCUAGUGCUGGGGGUUCAUCGAUAUACAGAGCUGCAACCCAUCCAGAGGAUGAGUCCGAGUACCGCUGUGCAUUCCAUCAAGCAGCAGAGAGGAUGCAGAGAGCCAUAGGGUCCAUGGAGGUGGACUCGUCCCACCGGAGCUCGCUCCGCCCAGCACUGGCAUGUUCCGCUAGGUCACAGCCUCUUGCAAAGGACAAAUGCACCCAAACCAAAUUUGUGCCUGAGCUUUUGCACCACGCUGACAGCCACCCCAAGGACACACAUGCCCACUACCCCUGCUGGAGCCCAGCACUUACCCAGCCCGAGUUUGUAUCCAGAGAUUUACCUGCCAGGGCUUUGCCCAAGCUUGGCCCCAACUCAGCUUGGUGGUCUUUGCUCCAGCCAGACAUGGAGUACAUGGAGAACCAGACACCCGUGCACCUCGAGUCUCCAGUGAUGGGCAACAAACCAAGCAACGCUGAAACCUUCUCUUUGGAGACAGAUAUGUUCAUAGAGGUUGUGGCCAAAGGCACAGCUGGCUCCAGCAAAGAUGUGGACAAGCCGAUGUCACUUGGCAGAGCAUCUGCCACCAUCCUCCUGCAUGAGGUGAAGUCUGAGAGCUUCAGCUCCAGCUGUGAAGCAGAAGAGGUGGUCAAGCCAGCCACAGAGACAACAGCCGCCAGAUUUAGUGCUUUUUUUGUAGGUAAGUUUGGCCAGUUGACCAAGCUCACUGGGGCCUUCCUGGCAGUGUGGGUGGGUCUGUUCUUGGUCCUACUGCUGGAAGGAUGA